CUCCCGUGUGCGCGCGCGCGUGUGAGUGUGUGCGCGCGUGCAUGUGUGUGAGUGUGUGUGUGAGUGUGUGAGUGUAUGGAGAGGCGAGAUGGCUCCUUUUCCCGACGAGGUGGACGUGUUCACCGGGCCGCACUGGCGAAUGAAGCAGCUGGUCGGCCUUUACUGCGAUAAGCUGUCAAAGACGAACUUCUCCAACAACAAUGAUUUCCGCUCGUUCCUCCAGACGCUCUGUGCCACCUUCAAGGAGUUCAAAAUCCACGAGCAGAUCGAGAACGAGUACAUCAUCGAGCUGCUGCAGCAGCGCAGCCGCACCACCUACAACGUGCACUCCGACAACAAGCUCUCCGAGAUGCUGUCGCUCUUUGAAAAAGGCCUCAGGAAUGUCAAGAGCGAGUGUGAACAGCUGAACUAUGCACGGCAGCUGAAAGAGCGUCUCGAGGCUUUUACCCAGGACUUCCUUCCUCACAUGAAGGAGGAAGAGGAGGUGUUCCAGCCCAUGCUGAUGGAGUACUUCACCUAUGAGGAGCUGAAGGCCAUAAAGAGACAGGUGAUAGCGCAGCACUGCAGCCAGCAGCAGUGGGACACGGCCGCCGAGGUGCUGAAGGGCUUAAACCUGUGGAGUCAGGCCGAGGAGCUGCACAAGGCCUUCAAAUACUCCGACCACGAGAAGACCGAGGACGAACGUGACAGCUGCGCGAGCACGCACAUCUCGGCGCUGCCGCAGGAGGUCAUGGUGCGGCUGUUUCGUUACCUGGGCCCGGAGGACCUGUGCCGCUGCAGCCAGGUGUGCCAUGCUUGGGCACAGGUGGUUAAAACGGGCUUGCUGUGGAGACACCUGUACCCCGUCCGCUGGGCCAGAGGCGAUUAUUACCGUGGUCCACCAGGGGAGCCAGACCAGGACGCUGAUGAAGACUGGGUGCGGAACCUGCAGGAGGAAGGACGAGCGUAUCAGGAGUGGGACGAGGACGCAGAUGUUGAUGAAUCAGAGGAAGCAUGUGAGGACACGCUGGCCAUCAGUGCUGUGCGCAAAGAAAAGAAGUUGCUGAAUGGAAUGAUCCAGAACCUUCUCCCAGCCGUGGGGUCAUCGGUUCGCACCCUGAGCUUGGCUUACAGUGCUGCCGUCUCCAGCAAAAUGGUGCGUCAGAUCCUUAGUCUUUGCCCAAAUCUCAUACACUUGGAUCUCACCCAGACUGAUGUUACUGAUUCGGCUUUUGAAGGUUGGGCGGAGUUGGGGGCGUGUCGCACACUCGAGCAUUUGGACCUAUCAGGCUGUGAGAAGAUCACCGACUACACACUGAAGAUUUUGUCCCUGGGUUUAGGUGAUCUGACCACACCCAGGUUGUCCAAGAACAGCCCCGAUCGCAAAAACAAGCUUCUGAAGACGCCGCCGUCUGCCAUCAAACUUCUGGACAAGCACUCCGGUUAUUCUCUAGGACGUGCACGCACGGCUCUCGUCUUUAAGUGGAGGCCCGGUGGGCGGAGCAUGAGCUGCAGCCCUGUCUGGGUUCUGGAUCCAGCCGAGCUCGCCGACAUCGAGGACGCAGCCGAUUGGACUAGAAGAGAAGGCGUGGCCGGACACAACGAGGCGCGUAGUGGUAUUUUAGGGGUGCAGGCAGGAGGCAGGUCGUGCUGCUGUAGGAUGAUGCGGAGCUUUAGGACUGACAUUGGCUCCACCUACUUACAGCAGCUGUAUGGCACUCUGGGGGAAGUGCAGUGUGGUCACUCUGCAUGUUGCAGCUCAGACACCGCUUUAAGGACAGUGAAAGGAGCGCAGUGUGAGCCUCAAGCCACAGGGGGCAACACUGAGCUUUGGACUAAAUGCCCUUCUGAGGGCGAGUCAAGGACUGAUCAGUCAGGAGCCUGUCGAGCUCUGAGGUUCCUCAGCCUGUCAGGAUGCUAUCAGAUCACAGACUUCGGCCUGAGGUGUCUCUCUCAGGCAGGAGGGCUUCCUCUGCUGGAGCAUCUGAACCUCUCGGGCUGUUUGUUCAUCACUGAAGUGGGACUGCAUGAGCUGGUGUCUGUGUGUCCCUCGCUCAAGGACGAACACUUCUACUACUGCGAUAACAUCAACGGUCCUCACGCUGACAGAGCGAGUGGAUGUCAGAAUCUGCAGUGCGGCUUCAGGGUUUGCUGUCGCUCCGGAGAGUGAUCCUCUUUCCUGAAUGGCUCUCUGUCCUUUUUUUCCCUCCACUUUCUCCUCUCUCCUCAUCUUCUUUCUAUCCCAUAACCCUCCCCUCUUCAGCAUUCUUUCUCUUUCUAAUGUUUUAUCUUAUCUUUCCUCACUCCUCAAACUCCUCUAUGUGUCUCCUGUCCUGUUGCACCUCCCGCGUUUGCACUUUAAAUAUUGGAGGGGCUCGGGCUGUCACUCACGAGUCGUUUCACUCAACACUCAAAGGAGAGAAAAAAAAGAAAGUAAAAUUUCCAGAAGCCUUUGCUGAGCAAUUGGGCAGUUUGAAAGUGUACAUUUGUAGAUGACUGUGUUAUCGAAGUUAUUUGUUUCUCCGAGUUCUUUCUCUCGCGUUAAGUAAUUUGGAAAGGGAAGGAUGCUAUCCUUAAUUUGGUGUGCUUUAAGAAAAGAUUGCUUUAAGCACGGAAUACUUGUGAGAUUUUUUUUGUUUGUUUGUUUUGUAGUAAUUAUAUCUCACAAAGCUGCAUAGCCUCCUGUAGGUUUUACACUGCGUUUUUCCGCCUCUAGGGAAUAUGCAUAACACCUUGACCUAUGAUUACUGUACAAUUAUGUUCUGUAAAUAUGUGCUUUGCUUCUUUUCUCAUUCGCUAAUUCAGACUCAGCGUAAGGAAACGAUUUCUGUCCCAUACACGGGCUAAUGGAAGAGUUCAACAAAAAAUGAAAUCGACACAAUUUGCUCCAAAUGCAGACGUUCAGCCAAUUGAACAUUGAAAUGUAAUUGUAACUGGAAAGAUUCUAGCUGCAAAAUUAACAGUAUUCAUAUAUGGAUUCAUACAAUAGUAGAAUAAUGCUAUAUUAAUAAAAUCUAAUCUAUAAAAAUUAAACUAUGCUGUCGAAUUACUAUGAUCCAAAUCACGGAUGCUUGUGCUGAGCGAUACCAAACUAUAUGUUGUGUUAGCAACCAUUUAAGAAAGUUAGAGUGCUUUCAUAUCUAAUAGUCAGUUUCCCAAAAAAAAAAAAAAAUCUGAGGUUCAUGUAGACAAUGCUUGUUUCAAUCAUUGGUUAGAAAAACAGCAAUGAGAAAAGGUAUGCAAAUGUUUGUCAAGCGCGCAAAGAUAUCACAAAGAUCACCCGAGCACAGUGUCAGCGCUAAAUAACCAAUUAGAUUAUAUAAUUAACUAGUUAUAAAAACCAGGGUUUAUUUUCUGUUUUAAUUCAUCAAUCCAAAUAUCCAGAACACAUCACAUUGAUGCAGCUGUGUCCGAGUUUAGCGGCUCACGUCUACAAACAAAUGUUGCAUCCCAAUUUACACAGCAUGCGUGUUUCACAUCCUGCACAUGAGUCGAUUCAGAGUCUAAUCGCUUUCUCAAUGCAGUUGAACCGCUCUCGGACCAGAUGUUUUGAUUCGCACACGAGCGCGAUUGCUGUGUUCUCACCUUCCUGAAGUACCGCAGCAGGGGGAACACACCAGGAUUCCAUUCAAAGCGUCUAAAUGCUGCUGUAUAUGUGAAAGCACCCAAAGACAAGCUGAACUCCAUUAACAUCGCUCCAUUAGUGCUGUAGCUCCAAACAUAUCUUGGCUGAUCAGCCAGAGGGAGAUUGUGUGCAUUUUAGUUUUGGUUGAACGUUUUCUUCAAGCCCAAUUUAGUGUUAAACUGCAUUGCUUGUUGAAAUUAAACAAAUAAAUAAACAUUCUCCUUAAUUUGCAUAACAA